AUGACAGAUUUUAAGGUGAGCAACAGUCUGGACGUUACCUUUCCCACUGAGACCUGGCAACACCGUUUUAGAAAAAUAAACCCUGGUACGGUCAGUGGGACACAAUCACAUGUAACUACAGACACUAAGAACAGAGUAACUCUGAAUACCACCUCAGACACUAACAGAGUAACUCUAAAUACCACCUCAGACACUAACAGAGUAACUCUAAAUACCACCUCAGACACUAAGAACAGAGUAACUCUAAAUACCACCUCAGACACUAACAGAGUAACUCUAAAUACCACCUCAGACACUAACAGAGUAACUCUGAAUACCACCUCAGACACUAACAGAGUAACUCUAAAUACCACCUCAGACACUAAGAACAGAGUAACUCUAAAUACCACCUCAGACACUAACAGAGUAACUCUAAAUACCACCUCAGACACUAAGAACAGAGUAACUCUAAAUACCACCUCAGACACUAACAGAGUAACUCUAAAUACCACCUCAGACACUAAGAACAGAGUAACUCUAAAUACCACCUCAGACACUAAGAACAGAGUAACUCUAAAUACCACCUCAGACACUAACAGAGUAACUCUAAAUACCACCUCAGACACUAAGAACAGAGUAACUCUAAAUACCACCUCAGACACUAACAGAGUAACUCUAAAUACCACCUCAGACACUAAGAACAGAGUAACUCUAAAUACCACCUCAGACACUAAGAACAGAGUAACUCUAAAUACCACCUCAGACACUAAGAACAGAGUAACUCUAAAUACCACCUCAGACACUAACAGAGUAACUCUAAAUACCACCUCAGACACUAACAGAGUAACUCUAAAUACCACCUCAGACACUAAGAACAGAGUAACUCUAAAUACCACCUCAGACACUAAGAACAGAGUAACUCUAAAUACCACCUCAGACACUAACAGAGUAACUCUGAAUACCACCUCAGACACUAACAGAGUAACUCUAAAUACCACCUCAGACACUAACAGAGUAACUCUAAAUACCACCUUAGACACUAACAGAGUAACUCUAAAUACCACCUCAGACACUAAGAACAGAGUAACUCUAAAUACCACCUCAGACACUAACAGAGUAACUCUAAAUACCACCUCAGACACUAAGAACAGAGUAACUCUAAAUACCACCUUAGACACUAACAGAGUAACUCUAAAUACCACCUCAGACACUAAGAACAGAGUAACUCUAAAUACCACCUCAGACACUAACAGAGUAACUCUAAAUACCACCUCAGACACUAAGAACAGAGUAACUCUAAAUACCACCUCAGACACUAAGAACAGAGUAACUCUAAAUACCACCUCAGACACUAACAGAGUAACUCUGAAUACCACCUCAGACACUAACAGAGUAACUCUGAAUACCACCUCAGACACUAACAGAGUAACUCUAAAUACCACCUCAGACACUAACAGAGUAACUCUAAAUACCACCUCAGACACUAAGAACAGAGUAACUCUAAAUACCACCUCAGACACUAAGAACAGAGUAACUCUGAAUACCACCUCAGACACUAACAGAGUAACUCUAAAUACCACCUCAGACACUAACAGAGUAACUCUGAAUACCACCUCAGACACUAAGAACAGAGUAACUCUGAAUACCACCUCAGACACUAACAGAGUAACUCUGAAUACCACCUCAGACACUAACAGAGUAACUCUAAAUACCACCUCAGACACUAACAGAGUAACUCUAAAUACCACCUCAGACACUAAGAACAGAGUAACUCUGAAUACCACCUCAGACACUAACAGAGUAACUCUAAAUACCACCUCAGACACUAACAGAGUAACUCUAAAUACCACCUCAGACACUAACAGAGUAACUCUAAAUACCACCUCAGACACUAAGAACAGAGUAACUCUAAAUACCACCUCAGACACUAACAGAGUAACUCUGAAUACCACCUCAGACACUAACAGAGUAACUCUAAAUACCACCUCAGACACUAACAGAGUAACUCUAAAUACCACCUCAGACACUAAGAACAGAGUAACUCUAAAUACCACCUCAGACACUAACAGAGUAACUCUGAAUACCACCUCAGACACUAACAGAGUAACUCUGAAUACCACCUCAGACACUAACAGAGUAACUCUGAAUACCACCUCAGACACUAAGAACAGAGUAACUCUGAAUACCACCUCAGACACUAACAGAGUAACUCUAAAUACCACCUCAGACACUAACAGAGUAACUCUGAAUACCACCUCAGACACUAACAGAGUAACUCUAAAUACCACCUCAGACACUAACAGAGUAACUCUAAAUACCACCUCAGACACUAACAGGGUAACUCUAAAUACCACCUCAGACACUAACAGAGUAACUCUAAAUACCACCUCAGACACUAAGAACAGAGUAACUCUGAAUACCACCUCAGACACUAACAGAGUAACUCUAAAUACCACCUCAGACACUAAGAACAGAGUAACUCUAAAUACCACCUCAGACACUAAGAACAGAGUAACUCUAAAUACCACCUCAGACACUAACAGAGUAACUCUAAAUACCACCUCAGACACUAAGAACAGAGUAACUCUGAAUACCACCUCAGACACUAACAGAGUAACUCUAAAUACCACCUCAGACACUAAGAACAGAGUAACUCUAAAUACCACCUCAGACACUAACAGAGUAACUCUAAAUACCACCUCAGACACUAACAGAGUAACUCUGAAUACCACCCCAGACACUAAGAACAGAGUAACUCUGAAUACCACCUCAGACACUAACAGAGUAACUCUGAAUACCACCUCAGACACUAAGAACAGAGUAACUCUAAAUAACACCUCAGACACUAACAGAGUAACUCUAAAUACCACCUCAGACACUAAGAACAGAGUAACUCUAAAUACCACCUCAGACACUAACAGAGUAACUCUGAAUACCACCUCAGACACUAAGAACAGAGUAACUCUGAAUACCACCCCAGACACUAAGAACAGAGUAACUCUGAAUACCACCUCAGACACUAACAGAGUAACUCUGAAUACCACCUCAGACACUAACAGAGUAACUCUAAAUACCACCUCAGACACUAACAGAGUAACUCUAAAUACCACCUCAGACACUAAGAACAGAGUAACUCUAAAUACCACCUCAGACACUAACAGAGUAACUCUGAAUACCACCUCAGACACUAACAGAGUAACUCUAAAUACCACCUCAGACACUAACAGAGUAACUCUGAAUACCACCUCAGACACUAACAGAGUAACUCUAAAUACCACCUCAGACACUAACAGAGUAACUCUAAAUACCACCUCAGACACUAACAGAGUAACUCUGAAUACCACCUCAGACACUAACAGAGUAACUCUAAAUACCACCUCAGACACUAACAGAGUAACUCUAAAUACCACCUCAGACACUAACAGAGUAACUCUAAAUACCACCUCAGACACUAAGAACAGAGUAACUCUAAAUACCACCUCAGACACUAACAGAGUAACUCUAAAUACCACCUCAGACACUAACAGAGUAACUCUGAAUACCACCUCAGACACUAACAGAGUAACUCUAAAUACCACCUCAGACACUAACAGAGUAACUCUGAAUAACACCUCAGACACUAACAGAGUAACUCUAAAUACCACCUCAGACACUAAGAACAGAGUAACUCUAAAUACCACCUCAGACACUAAGAACAGAGUAACUCUAAAUACCACCUCAGACACUAACAGAGUAACUCUGAAUACCACCUCAGACACUAACAGAGUAACUCUAAAUACCACCUCAGACACUAACAGAGUAACUCUAAAUACCACCUCAGACACUAACAGAGUAACUCUAAAUACCACCUCAGACACUAACAGAGUAACUCUGAAUACCACCUCAGACACUAACAGAGUAACUCUAAAUACCACCUCAGACACUAACAGAGUAACUCUAAAUACCACCUCAGACACUAAGAACAGAGUAACUCUAAAUACCACCUCAGACACUAAGAACAGAGUAACUCUGAAUACCACCUCAGACACUAACAGAGUAACUCUAAAUACCACCUCAGACACUAACAGAGUAACUCUAAAUACCACCUCAGACACUAAGAACAGAGUAACUCUGAAUACCACCUCAGACACUAACAGAGUAACUCUAAAUACCACCUCAGACACUAACAGAGUAACUCUAAAUACCACCUCAGACACUAACAGAGUAACUCUAAAUACCACCUCAGACACUAAGAACAGAGUAACUCUAAAUACCACCUCAGACACUAACAGAGUAACUCUGAAUACCACCUCAGACACUAACAGAGUAACUCUAAAUACCACCUCAGACACUAACAGAGUAACUCUAAAUACCACCUCAGACACUAAGAACAGAGUAACUCUAAAUACCACCUCAGACACUAACAGAGUAACUCUGAAUACCACCUCAGACACUAACAGAGUAACUCUGAAUACCACCUCAGACACUAACAGAGUAACUCUGAAUACCACCUCAGACACUAAGAACAGAGUAACUCUGAAUACCACCUCAGACACUAACAGAGUAACUCUAAAUACCACCUCAGACACUAACAGAGUAACUCUGAAUACCACCUCAGACACUAACAGAGUAACUCUAAAUACCACCUCAGACACUAACAGAGUAACUCUAAAUACCACCUCAGACACUAACAGGGUAACUCUAAAUACCACCUCAGACACUAACAGAGUAACUCUAAAUACCACCUCAGACACUAAGAACAGAGUAACUCUGAAUACCACCUCAGACACUAAGAACAGAGUAACUCUAAAUACCACCUCAGACACUAACAGAGUAACUCUAAAUACCACCUCAGACACUAAGAACAGAGUAACUCUGAAUACCACCUCAGACACUAACAGAGUAACUCUAAAUACCACCUCAGACACUAAGAACAGAGUAACUCUAAAUACCACCUCAGACACUAACAGAGUAACUCUAAAUACCACCUCAGACACUAACAGAGUAACUCUGAAUACCACCCCAGACACUAAGAACAGAGUAACUCUGAAUACCACCUCAGACACUAACAGAGUAACUCUGAAUACCACCUCAGACACUAAGAACAGAGUAACUCUAAAUAACACCUCAGACACUAACAGAGUAACUCUAAAUACCACCUCAGACACUAAGAACAGAGUAACUCUAAAUACCACCUCAGACACUAACAGAGUAACUCUGAAUACCACCUCAGACACUAAGAACAGAGUAACUCUGAAUACCACCCCAGACACUAAGAACAGAGUAACUCUGAAUACCACCUCAGACACUAACAGAGUAACUCUGAAUACCACCUCAGACACUAACAGAGUAACUCUAAAUACCACCUCAGACACUAACAGAGUAACUCUAAAUACCACCUCAGACACUAAGAACAGAGUAACUCUAAAUACCACCUCAGACACUAACAGAGUAACUCUGAAUACCACCUCAGACACUAACAGAGUAACUCUAAAUACCACCUCAGACACUAACAGAGUAACUCUGAAUACCACCUCAGACACUAACAGAGUAACUCUAAAUACCACCUCAGACACUAACAGAGUAACUCUAAAUACCACCUCAGACACUAACAGAGUAACUCUGAAUACCACCUCAGACACUAACAGAGUAACUCUAAAUACCACCUCAGACACUAACAGAGUAACUCUAAAUACCACCUCAGACACUAACAGAGUAACUCUAAAUACCACCUCAGACACUAAGAACAGAGUAACUCUAAAUACCACCUCAGACACUAACAGAGUAACUCUAAAUACCACCUCAGACACUAACAGAGUAACUCUGAAUACCACCUCAGACACUAACAGAGUAACUCUAAAUACCACCUCAGACACUAACAGAGUAACUCUGAAUAACACCUCAGACACUAACAGAGUAACUCUAAAUACCACCUCAGACACUAAACAGAGUAACUCUAAAUACCACCUCAGACACUAA